GACACUAACAGCAGCCUUUAACACAGCCCAGCCUGCUUUCUGGGCAUUUGCAUCAGAGGCAACACAGGAUACGCACUCACACACACUCGCACACACUCACAACCACUCAAUCAUAUCUCAAACUGGAGUCGAGUGAGGAAACAGAAUGUCAGGGAAGGAAGCACUGAAGCCAGUGGGAAAGCAGAAUUUGCCUCAAGUCUGUUCAGCUCUUUUCUGACCCACUCUACAGGAGGUCUGAGGAGGAAGUUUGGAUUUAUAAAAGUUCUUAAAUAUCUGAUGAUAUUUUUGGAAAUAGUCCAACAUACAAGAGGAUUUUAGAUUUAGUUAGGUAGUAGAAAAUCCACUUGGAUACCGCUUUCAAGAUCUGGAUUUUCAAACAGAAAAGACAUAUAUCAGGAGGAAAUUCUUGAAAUUCUCUUUGUCUCUGACCGCUCACCGCUCUCCAGGUCUUUCACAGUGCCAUCAUCUGCUGCCACAGUCAAGCUUCAGGAGGAGGUUUACCACACACACUGACCACAAGAAAGAUGAGUCUGUCACGGAAUGGGACGCUGGAGAAGACAAUGUCCGAGCAGGGCCACUCUGAGCUGGGCUCCCCCUCCAGAGCGGGGUCAGGGGUCGUUGUGCCGCCUCCAUACUCAAUGGGUGGCAGCGAAGCUGCUGCUGAACCCCCACUGGAGUUAAGGGGCUCUCUAGACUGCUGGGCAUGCUCUGUGCUGGUCACUGCACAGAAUAUGAUCAUAGCACUGAUCAACGGUGGGCUGGCCACCAUCAUUUUUGGCAUCAUCCUCACCCCUGCUCUCGCCAUGAUCAUAUUCGGCUUCCUUUGCCACUCCACGGUGCAGCCCCAUGGAACGUCCCUGUAUUGCUCAGACAUACUGGAUGAUGCCGGCUGUGUGGCUCUGCUGGUCGUGGGCUUCCUGCUGCUCACCCCUCUGCUAGUCCUGGCACUCGCCGCCUUCUGUCGCCUAGCCCGACAUCUCCAGCUGGGAAUGUGUUUCAUCCCUUACAGCCGCGCCGUCUACAAGAACCUGCCCGCUUCACGCCAACGGAGAGGUGAUUCAGGAGGCUGUUGUGGAGGGCAGGGAGGUGGAGAGAGAGAGGGGAAGGGGAGCGUGUGGGUGUAGGAGAGGAGGAUUGUAUUUGGUGUAAUAUGUAUCUCUGUUUAUUGAUGAGAGUUGGGUUGUUGGAGUUUGGCUCUAAUGCAAAUUGCCACUGUAUUUCUAUUUCUAUUUCUAUUGCUAAAGCCAUUGUAAAAAGCCAUCAAAUGUCAUCAUUUAUAGUGAUUGUUUGUACGUCAGUAUUGCUUUUUUUUUAUACAAGUUCAAUAUAUUGAAUGUAUUUUAUACCUUUUUACAAUAAAGUGUCACUCAACCUGCCGAGCUUUAUGUUUGACAUCUGCAAGCUGAAACAGGACAAACUGUGAACUUUAUUCAAAGGGGAACUACACAUUUUCAAAACUCAAACAUGUCCUAUGCUCUUAGAUAGUCCAAAAAUAUUUGAACAACUCUCUCCCAAAUCCAGAAUCUCACUCAAUCAUCACUCAAAUGUGAUGUCAUAAGUUAUAAAGUUUGGAGCUGCUUUGAAGACAAUACAUGCUAGAUGCAAACAUGCUAUAGAUGACACUGAGAGCACCUAGGGGAAUGUUCUCAGUAUAGAUUGAAUCACAAUGUUUAUUCACAACAUCUUCCAGGCAGAAAAUCCUUGUGUCAGGUAAAGAAAAAUCAAACAGCCCAGAGCAAAUGCUGCCCUGAUUAGUUGCUGGUCUACUGUGGCCUUGAUUGGUUAGUGUGUAAGGUGAAGCAGAGUGAAUGUUCACAUAUAUAUAUAUAUAUAUAUAUAGAUAUAUAUAUAUAUAUAUAGCAUAAACUUAGACUGGUAUUGAUUUUUUAACACAGCUAAAAUACAUUUGGCACAGCAGCACAGCAGAAACAUCAGACAGGUUGGACCACAGUGUUUAACUAUAUAUCUUCAAAAGUUAGAGCUGAAAAUGACAACAGAAUUAGAUAAGUCUGCUGAUGUUAUGUAUCUCUGCGAUUGAAAUCAUUUGUUUUUCUACCUAGAAGUGAUUGUUGUUAGUGUGAAGUCAGGAUGAUAUGGUCUAUAUGGGUAGAUUUUCUGUUUCCAGAACACCACAAUACAAUAAAGCUCAGGGUAUAAACAAGAAAAACAUUCUGUGAUCCAUAAAAUCAGUCUCCCAUUUAUUGUCUAUGGAGCAGCUCCAGACUUUAUACCCUAUGGCAUUACAAGUUUGAGACUUACUUCUCUGGUUCCUGGCUUUGAGAGUAGCUCAUGUUCACAAAUGUUGAUUGGACUUUUCUAGGCUGUGGAAAUAAAAUAUUGGAAUCCUUAAUUUGGGUGAUGUUCCCCUUUAAUAAAAGGAGGUGAAGUUUAAAGUCUAAAGUGCAUUUUAUGUCCCAUGCAAACUUUCAGAGGCAACAUUAUUGUAAGUGUGUGGAUUUGGAUUGCAGUGAUCAAAGUCAUCAGGAUGUAAAGGCAAAGCAUGUUUCUUCUUGUUCUGCUGUUCCACAGACCUUCAUGGGACAAUGUUUUUCAGCUGUUCUCCAGCUGCCAAACACAUGUUGCCUGUAGUGUCCAAACUAGUUACAAGCUACAGUCAGUCUUCAAGGCGUAGGCCUGGGCAGUAUUUAUUUGCUACGCUACGAAAGGCAACCACGCACCAACCAUCUGUAUUAAUCAUAAGCUAAUGUAAUCAUUAUAAUAAAUAAACAAAUAGCCAUUAUUAUUACAACGAGCUAUAAUAUUACGAUGUACCACAGUUCUGUGUUUGAGCAAGUAGUGGUACAGUACCCCAGCAGUAGCUGUUGCUCAUCUGCUGUGGGUAGAUACAAUCAAUUAAAAACACUGUACUGUGUCUCUAUUUAAUUACUUUCAAGUCUAUUAAAAACAUGGCAAACAACAAUGUAAUAUGAUUGUUAUGUAGGCUAUCACUGUUAACUGUGAGAGUUUUUUUUAAGUGUUGUAAGUCAUAAGACAUGUCAUAAAAAAGUCAUAAAAAUGUCAGAGUAUAUGUCACAUAAAAGUCAUAAAAAAGUCAUGGGCCCUGAUUUAUUAAAUGAACAUACAACAGAAA